AUGGCGGAGUUGUUGCAGAAAAGCUUGAAAGCUCUCUUAAGUGUGAGUGUGGCCUUAGUACUGUUAUGGCUUAGACCUUCCAUGGCGGCCAAACCAGAUGAAGUGCCAGUAGGCGUCAUUCUUGACCUGAAUUCUGAACUUGGCAAAAUGGUUAACAACAGCCUCGCCCUCGCCGUCGAAGAUACAGAGCGUUAUACAGCCACCAAGAUUCGCCUUAUAAUCCGGAAUGUUUCUCAGAACGACGCCGUCGCCGCAGCAGGAAAUGCUUCUGAACUAAUUGAGAAACACAAAGUGCGUGCCAUUCUGGGGCCCCAAAAUUCAGAGCAAGCAGGUUUUAUAGUGGAACUUGGCUUGGAAUCCCAAGUACCUGUUAUUUGGUUUCCCAUAACUGGCCCAUCCCUUUUGCCACCUCCAUCACCAUCCUCCAAUCAAGGCCUUAAUUGCUUUCAGUUCCAAGCUAUAGCUGCCACCAUUGAAGCUCUUGGGUGGCAGUCAAUCGUCCCCAUUUUUGAAGACACUGAAUAUGGCGGUCACCUUAUUCCAUGCCUCAGCAAUGUCUUGAAAGAUAUGGGCAUACGAAUGGUUAACAUAACUGCCAUUGAUCCAGAUUCAACAGAUGUUGAAAUUGACGACAUUCUCGUCAAGUUAAACAACAGGCGAACACAUGUAUUUCUUGUCCAUAUGAGCAUGGAUUUGGGAAUAAGAUUUAUUCAGUCUGCAGAAGAACAAGACAUGAUGGGAGAAGGAUAUGCUUGGAUACUUACCCAGGGGUUAUCUUCUUUAACAGAUCCUCAAGUUACGACUGGGAACCCUUUGAAAGGAUACAUGCAAGGUGCAUUGGGAGUGAGGCCAAUGGAUUCGAACAAAACACGUUGGCGUAGGUGGACACAGAGUUAUUUUGACUACAGGUUCAAUAGUACCCUAUCAGUCUAUGGAUGGUGGGCUUAUCACACAAUCGAAGCAUUGGCUAUGGCAUUAGAGAAGCCAGGCGCAGACAAUAAUGGCACAAAACUUCAAAGUGAAAUUUGGGAUACUAAUUUCACAGGCUUGUCAGGGAUAAAUUUUAAUUUAAAAGGAGGACAACUAGAUCAAUCGGUGCUUGAAGUAUACAAUGUGAUAGGACCGAGAGAAAGGGUCAUUGGUUAUUGGAAACCUGAAACUGGACUUGUUCAAAAUUUUAGUAAAGGUGCUAAGAUAUCUGGUAAAUACCAACUAAAGGAUCCAUUGUGGCCGGGUGACACAUUGGAUAAACCACCAAAGUUGAGGAUUGGAGUCGUAGCAACAAAUUCUUUUCCUGAAUUGGUGAGUGUAGAUAAUUCGACUACGCCGGUGAUGAUUCAUGGCUUUGCUUUUAAUGUGUUCUUAAAAGUUGUCGAUGUUUUGCCAUUUCCGCUCGAUUAUGAGUUUGUCCCCUUGCCAAACAAAAGUAGAAGCGGAUCUUGA